AUGAAGACUGUGCCUGCAUCGUUCAUUGCCCUCGGCGGCUUAUUCGCCUCGCUAGCCCAAGCACAUGUCGCCAUCACGUAUCCCGGAUGGAGAGGCAACAACAUCUUCAGUAACGAAACAUUCCCCUUUGGGAUGCAGUGGAUAUAUCCAUGCGGUGGUCUAGGCGUCACAUCCAACAGAACCCACUGGCCUCUGGAUGGCGGCGCCAUCGCCGUCCAACCCGGCUUCAACAGCGGCCACAAGAGUGCUCUUAUGUACAUCAACAUCGGCAUCGGCGAGGAGCCUGCCAGCUUUACCACGGUCAUGGUUCCCAUGUUCCACCUCACCGGGCCGACCAACGAAGCCUACGAUGGAACAUUCUGCCUACCCAAGGUGCCCAUUCCUGCAGGAUUGAACCCGAGAGAGGGCGACAAGGCGUCGAUUCAGGUUAUCCAGGCGGCACAGCAUGGCGGUACGCUGUUCAGUUGCGCAGACAUCAUAUUUACAAGCGACGAAUCGAAAAUACUUCCUGUCGAUGGUUCAAAUUGCUUCAAUAUUUCGAGCUUGAGAGUAGAAGCUGCAAGCAUCGAAAUCAAUUCUUCUCCCAUUACCGAUCCUUCGAAGCCUACGGUUUCGAUAGCAAGUCCAUUCCACGCCGCUCGCAGUGUUAUGGCUCCCAUUUUCUGUCUACUUGCCGUUAUUAUUCUCAUGUAA